GCGGCGCUUCGCUAAGAAGAGUCAAAGUCGUGUAAUAAAUUUCGUAAAUGUAAAAAAGCAAUCAUGUCGGGAGAAAAUACUGAAGUCGAAACUUAUUUCGGUAAAUGUAGGUGUUGUCUUUCCUACGGCUACCUAAAAAACAUGUGGAUAGAACAUAAAUACGAGGGAGAAACAGAGAUUUACGGCGAGAUGCUAGUUCAAUGUUUUGCUUUGACUUGGAAUAUAUCUGAGGAAGCUAUGGAUCACGAUCAGAUCUGCGAGUCCUGCAUCGGUCGGCUGCGAGAUGCGAAUGAGUUCAAGAAGAUUGUCAUGGACGCACAGGAGGAACUUCUACAGCAGGUCGAUGUUAUUGAAGUCAAAGAAGAAAAAAUGGAAGCAGAGUUUCUUGAAGACAAUGAGAGUGAUGGAGACAUACAGACGGAGUACGCUGAAAUAGAACCUAAGGGUGAGAGCGUCCAAAUUGAGACGGAGUAUGAAGAAGUAGAGUAUUUGGAGGAGGACGAUGAUGGAACUAAUCAGACUGUUGAUACCGAUUCUUCACAACUGACGGACCAACCCACGCCUGCGAGACGGAAGAAGCAGCCCAGAAAACAAGACCCAGAUGAAGAUGAGCCAAAAAGAAAAUGGCCAAAAAAGCUACCGAAAGCAGAAAGGCAUAAAACAUACAAGCAAUAUUCCGAGGAAGACCUUAGAAACUGCUUGGAGGAGGUCAGGAAUCAGGAGUUGUCUAUCAAUGAAGCGGCCAGGAGGUAUAAUAUUCCUAUGAAGACCAUUUGUGGAAGAUUGAGAGAGGAACCCAAAGAUGUCCAGAUUGACAAUACAACAAGAUCAAAAUUGGAACCAAAUGUAAAGAAAACCUCGACAGUGGAUGCGAAAACUAAAAAACUUAUCGAACUCAAUAAAUUAAAAGAAAAACGAACCAAUCUGAAAGCUAAAAACGUUAAGAAAGUAUCCCCUUCUGAGAGCAUUGAACCCAACGAAGAAAUGGAUGACCCGGUUGACGCUGAAAAAAUGCGUACGCAACAUAAAGCAAUAGUGAACGAUAAAUUCAAGGAAGGCAACGAAAUGAAUAAGCACAGGGAGAAUAUAAAAACUAUAUUAAUCAAUUCUAACGCUACAUUAAUCAAAGCGGUUCCUAUAAAUGGUUUCUAUUGUCACUUUUGUGGUAUACAGACAGAAAAGCCACUUGAUUUGAAACGGCAUAACUUAGCAUCUCAUAGCGUUGUCAAUGAUGAAGUAAUAAAAGUAAAAUACGUCUCAAACUUAGUUUUAAAACUAGAUAUUACCGAUCUCAAGUGUAAACUUUGCGACAAAAAUAUUGAUACUUUAGAAGAUUUUUUCGAUCACCUAACCAAAAUUCAUGAUAAAGUCAUACAUACUGAUAUCAAAAAUCAUAUAAUUCCCUUCAAAUUUAAUACCGAGUCUCUUCAGUGUGUGAUUUGUAGGAGGGAGUAUAAAUUUUUCAAGUUACUUUCAGAGCAUAUGAGUGACCACUAUAGAAAUUACGAAUGUUCGUCAUGCGAACGAGCUUUUAUAAACAAACAGGCGAUGCAAACUCACAGCUAUAGACAUAAUAAAGGACUCUUCAAAUGCUCUCACUGUCCAAAAAUUUUCGAUUCGCGUCCUAAAAUAAACGAACACGAGCGAGUGGUCCACGCUUGGUCGAGUAAAACGCGAAAAUGCGCUUUCUGCAGCAAAAGAUUCCCUUCCAAAGAUAUGGUACAGAAGCACGAAGUGAAGAUACACGGAGCAGAACCUACAAUAUAUUCGUGUGACGCCUGUGACAAGGCCUAUACUAGCCAGGGUUCAUUGAUAGCUCAUAGAAACAGGUUCCACUUAAUGGCACGACCACACAAGUGCUCGUUUUGCGAAAUGGCAUUUUACUCGAAGAUGGAACUGAAGUCCCAUACGGUGACACACACGAAAACGAGGGAGUUUAAAUGUGGAACGUGUUCGAAGACGUUUGGUACGCGGUGUAAUUUGAACCAGCACGCUAGGUCUCAUUCUGACGAUAGAAGGUAUCAUUGUGUAACUUGUGACCACGGCUUCGUGCAUAGGACAACUUGGAGAGUUCAUAUGAGGACUCAGCAUGGUAAAAUUGUUUAAAUAAUCUCUACAAAAACGCGUGAGUUAGCCGGACUACUAUUACAUGGUUGGUUGUUACAAAAUGAUUAAGACCGUGAACUGCCUCGUUGGUGCAGUUGGCGCAAGCGCGGCUACUGAGCACGAGGUCUCGAAUCAAUUCCCGAGUCGAACUGAAAUGGCUCUGUGGAUUUUAGAAACUUUCACAAAGCAGCAUGGAUGCUGGUGAUUGAUACACCCGUGGUUCGUGGAGAGCACGUUUCUGUCGGUCCUGCCUCUAAUCUCUCUCCGAUCGUGCCGGUUUACCGUCCGUGAUCG